AUGCCUUCGCUUGACUCCAACAGAGUCGCCAACGGUUACCUUGGCCAGUUACGACAUAUCCCCCUUUCCUACGAUAGCGAAAAUUCCAAUGCCUCGGCUCGUGCACUCAUUCUCGCCCUACGACCUGAAUGGUCCAGUCUUGACUCUAAUAUUGAAUUUAUACCAUUCAAGGAUGGUAUAACAAAUACUCUAUUAAAAGCUAUUAAUAGGAAAGAAGGUCUAUCCGAAGACGAGAUAGAUAAGGAGGCAGUUCUUUUGCGAGCGUAUGGACAUGGGACGGACGUGCUCAUAGAUAGGCACCGCGAGACCCAAAAUCACGAGCUGCUGAUGAAAUGUGGCUUGGCUCCGGAACUACUUGCUCGCUUCGAUAAUGGCAUGAUAUAUCGUUAUAUCCGAGGCACGGCCACCCAACCCGCCGAUCUGAGGACGCCUUCUAUUUAUCUGGCUGUUGCGAGGCGACUAGCACAAUGGCAUGCUACUGUACCCUGCAUAUAUGAGACCCAUGCGCAGAAGAACGGGGUUAAUGGGACCAGCAACGGCCAUCGUGAAGUGGUAAUCGAACAUGCUGCGCCGGGGAAGCCUUCACCCAACGUCUGGACAGUCAUGCAGAAGUGGAUCCUUGCUCUUCCUACGAAGACGGAGGCCCAACGCACGAGACAGGCGAACCUCCAACAGGAACUGACUAAGCUUAUCAACGAGUUGAGCCAACGGCCUGGGUUAGGUGAGAAUGGCCUUGUCUUUGCGCACUGCGAUCUCCUAAGUGGAAAUGUGAUCAUUGAGCCUCAAGAUUCAAGCAGCAUUAAAAACGAGGACAGUCUACGAAAAGAUGUCAGUUUUAUAGACUAUGAAUACGCCACUCCUUCGCCUGCGGCAUUCGACCUGGCUAACCACUUUGCGGAGUGGGGCGGGUUCGACUGCGACUUUACUGUGCUGCCAACUCGAGCACAGCGGCUAGAAUUUAUCCGGGAAUACAUUCACACCUACUUCAGUCUAUUACCAAGCAAGCCUGAUAAUAUAGACGAGGAAGCAGAAGCACAGAAGCUUUUCGCAGAAGUAGACAUAUUCCGUGGCGUGCCUGGGUUUUACUGGGGUAUUUGGGCCUUGAUCCAGGCGACUAUUUCUCAUAUCGAUUUCGACUAUGCUGAAUAUGCCGAGAUUAGAUUAGGAGAGUACUGGGGAUGGAGGGAAGCCAGUGAAUCUGACGGCAAAUUAACGGGAAAGGAGCUGUCUAUAAGAGAGAAGAGAUGGUCGCAGUUAGAAUAG